UUUCCUUCUGACCAACCCCGAGCGCAAAGAAAUUGACCUCACAGCGGUCCUACAAUACUUUCAUAUCAUUGGCCAAGCUUUACCCCGCCCCUGCCUCAUGCAGCCUAUGGCCUAGGCUUUAGGGUCCGCGGUUGGUCAGACCGGAACACUUGGCCCGAAGACCUGGAACUGGGAACUUCGGUGUUAGCAAGGAUGGCGGCGGCCGCAGCGAGUCGAGGAAUCGGGGCAAAGCUGGGCCUGCGUGAGAUUCGCAUCCACUUAUGUCAGCGCUCGCCCGGCAGCCAGGGUGUCAGGGACUUCAUUGAGAAACGCUAUGUGGAGCUGAAGAAGGCGAAUCCCGACCUACCCAUCCUAAUCCGCGAAUGCUCCGACGUGCAGCCCAAGCUCUGGGCCCGCUACGCAUUUGGCCAAGAGAAGAAUGUCCCUUUGAACAACUUCAGUGCUGAUCAGGUAACCAGAGCCCUGGAGAACGUAUUAAGUGGUAAAGCCUGAAGCCUCCACUGAGGAUUAAGAGCAACAGCCCCAGAGCCUGGGCUCUGCUGGACUUAGUAUAAUGUGAAAAAAAUGUGUUCUCCUAUUCCUCAUAAAGCUUGUGCUGUAAAAUGC